AUGGCAAAGGAUGUUGGUGGAGACCCGGAGGCAGACACGGACUCUCAGUUGCAAAGGAGGAGCUCAAUGUGGAUGGGGGUGGGAUUCUUAGGAAGAUCAAGUGGGCUACCAGAGCUAUUUAGGAAGUACGCCACCAUCUUCAAGGACCAACUAGGGAAAAUCCAGGGCCUGCAGACCAAGAUUCAUGCAGAUCCAGAAGCAACUGCUCGCUUCAUGAAGAGUUCCACCCUUUCUGCAAAGGGCAUUAAUGCUCAUCACCACUUGGCUCAAAACCUGACUGUCAUGCCCGCCUUUGCCAGCUAUGACCUUCCUUCUGGGCAGGACAAGGAUAAUAUGAUGACAGACUUCCUAUUCUGUACCCAUUUCCCUUCAGGUGGAUUUGUUUCUGGAGGCAUGGCCUGGUGUAACAAAUCCUUCUCUGUUCUCCUUGCUUGCUCUCAUUUCAUUGCUCUCCGGCGGCGUGCACUGUUGGAGCAGAAACAGAAAAAGAAACGUCAGGAGCCUCUGAUGGUUCAAUCCAACACCGAGGACAAGAAGCUCAAGAAAACCAAGGCUAAGCGCUCUGACGAACAAGCCCCAUUGGUCAAAGCAAAGACUGUGAACCAAGAUGUCACAGAAAAGAAACCAAGGAAAAAGAAGCUGAAGGCCGAGCUGGAAGUUCCAGAACCAGAGAAAGACCCAUAUGCCAAGUUUAUCAAAGACCCCAAGAAGAAGAAGGAGAAUCCUGCUACCUAUUUCACUGUCGACAAAGUAUCCAAAAAACAACAACAAGCCAUCACCCUCACAGGCUGCAUUCCGGGAAAUCGAUCUUUCGGAUUGCAUGCUAACCAGGAAGAAGAGUCUGAAGAGGAGAUUGAUCGUGAAAACAGGGUGGAGGAAGAUGAUUUAGAGGCAACUUCUACAAAACAUACUAAAAAGAAGGUCCUAAGGGAGAAAAAGCCAAAGCAGAAAGAAGCAGAACAGGAUGAGAACGAGGACUCAGAACCCAAUCUAAAACCUACAAAAGUGAAGAAGAAGAAGAGGAACACAGCCAACAUGUUCCAGGCUGAUUCCACUAAAAAGGAGAGAAAGAUCAAAAAGAAAGGCUCCAAUGAUGAGGACGAGCAAAACACAAGCACACAAAAGAACAGUAACAAAAAGGGAAAAUCUUUAAAGAAAAAAUCAAGCAAUGAUAAUGUCAUAUGUAGGGCAGAGUCUCCCAUUUUGGAGAUUGAUGACCUGGAGAAGUUUGUUUUGACACCUGCAGCACAAGGCGUGACCAUCAAAUGCAGAGUCACGAGAGACAAGAAAGGCAUGGAUCGAGGCCUUUAUCCCACAUACUACCUGCAUCUGGAUACAGACGAGAGUAAAAAGGUUUUCCUGCUGGCUGGGAGGAAACGCAAGAAGAGCAAGACAUCCAACUACCUCAUUUCAAUUGACCCGACUGACAUGUCCAGGGGGGGAGAAAACUUCAUUGGAAAGCUCAGGUCGAACCUGAUGGGGACCAAGUUUACAGUGUUUGACAAUGGAGUCAAUCCUGAGAGGGGAAAGGCCAACCGUUCCAACAUCCGUCAGGAGCUUGCUGCCGUCACUUAUGAGACAAAUGUCCUUGGAUUUAAAGGUCCCAGGAAGAUGACAGUGAUUAUCCCAGCGAUGGAUGAGGACCAAGAACGUAUUCCCUUCCGACCACGCAAUGACAGAGAUGGUCUGCUCUCGAGACGGCAAAGUAAAAACAUGGAGAACUUAAUCGAGCUGCACAAUAAGACUCCAGUGUGGAACAAUGAUACUCAGUCUUAUGUGUUAAACUUCCAUGGGAGAGUGACACAUGCUUCAGUGAAGAAUUUCCAAAUAGUCCACGAGAAUGAUGUUGACUACAUUGUGAUGCAGUUUGGCCGUGUGGCAGAUGAUGCAUUCACCAUGGAUUACAGCUACCCGAUGUGCGCUGUCCAGGCCUUCGCCAUCGCCCUCUCCAGCUUUGAUGGGAAAUUGGCGUGUGAAUGA